UUCCGUGUUAAUAGUUUUUUGUGAAAGUGUAUAAAGAUUUUUUAAUUGCUUAAAUGCCGUAGCAGAAAUAAGAUUGUGAUGAUGUAAAUUGAAGAAAGUUGAAACUUAUGAACCAAGAAACAUGUCAUAUAUCAAGAGAUAGCUGAAUAUAAACAAAAUGGCCGACGAUAAAGAUUUGUUGGAUUACAUAUCUCCAGUAUCACAGAAUCUAACAAAUAUAAUGACGAUAGACAAUGGAAUAAAUGAAAUAAAUGAAGUCAAACAUACAAACUACAGUUUAUACGAUAAUGAAACUGGUUUUCUAGAAUAUUCCAACUUUACAACAGACGAUUAUUGUUCGUCGAAUCAUUCUCAUGUAUACCUAAACGUCACAUGUGAGUUUCCGAUCAACUACGCGGAACCGAUGUAUGGAUACAUCGCACCGUUUCUCCUCGCCACAACAACGGUUGCUAACACUUUGAUAGUCGUGGUGCUAUCUCGUCGUCAUAUGAGAACACCUACAAAUGUAGUGCUAAUGGCUAUGGCACUCUGUGAUAUGUUUACUAUGUUAUUCCCGGCGCCAUGGCUAUUUUAUAUGUAUACAUUCGGCAAUCAUUACAAGCCGCUAAGUCCAGUGCAGGCGUGUCAAGCUUGGAAUUAUAUGAAUGAGGUGAUACCAGCGAUGUUCCACACAGCCAGCAUCUGGUUGACACUCGCGUUGGCCGUGCAGCGAUACAUCUACGUCUGCCACGCACCCGUCGCAAGGACUUGGUGCACAAUGCCGAGGGUGAUGAAGUGUCUGAUCUACAUCGGUAUUGCGGCCUUCUUACAUCAACUUCCUCGCUUCCUAGAUCGUCAAUAUGUCCCGCAUAUCACUGUAUGGCGUGGUCACUUCGAGGAAGUCUGCAGGAUAGAGAUGGCGCCGUGGGUUCACGCAUUAUCGCUCGACGGUUAUUUCAUAACGUAUUUCGGAUUUCGAGUUUUAUUCGUACAUUUGAUACCUUGUACAUCACUAGUCGUUCUCAACGUUUUACUGUUUAGAGCAAUGAAAGCCGCUCAGAUAAAUAGACAGAAAUUAUUUAAAGAGAAUAGAAAAUCUGAAUGUAAAAGAUUACGAGAUUCCAAUUGUACAACAUUAAUGCUAAUCGUUGUUGUAACGGUUUUCCUUUUAGUUGAAAUACCAGUAGCUGUGGUAACUAUUUUACAUAUAAUAUCUAGUACUAUAGUUGAUUUCUUGGACUACCAUAUUGCGAAUAUAUUAAUUCUAGUCACUAAUUUCUUUAUUAUUGUCUCUUAUCCUAUUAAUUUUGCGAUUUACUGCGGCAUGUCGCGACAAUUUCGUGAGACUUUUAAAGAGCUUUUUAUUAGAGGAGCGGUUACUAGUAGAAAUGGAGGUUCCAGUAGAUAUUCUUUAGUGAACGGACCUCGAACUUGUACUAACGAGACUGUACUUUAAUUACCGUUAGUUUACAUCAACGAAACUACAUUAAAACAUAUCAUGUCUGUUAUCAAAGAUAAGGGAUGAUAUGUUUUUUUGUGUUGCUUAAUCAAUGGAAACACACGAUUUUAGUAUUUUAGAGGUAAUUUGUAUCUUAGUAGACAUAUCAUUUUGUUUAAUAUUGUACAUUUAAUUUA